AUGAAGCUCCUACAGCUUUGCCUCCUCGCCUCUAGCUCAGGGUUCCCCUUCGCGUCCGCAGCGAUCCGCCGCGACUUGAACAGGAAGAAUGUCGAGAUAGCCCAGCUUGACCACGACAGCCGCAUCGACCAGCGGAGUCAGGAGAUACUUUUCAAAGAACCCGGCUCCGACUUCGAGGACAUUUUCCGGUGCUCUCCGCGCACCGGGAAGCGUCUCACCUUCGACGCGGACCAGGAAUUCGUGGCUUGCUGUGCCCCUGGCCAGACGCUUUUCGGGAGCCCCGACACGGCAUUCGACUGCUGUCCCGAGGGCCACGAUUUAGUCGGAAGCGGACAGACCGGCUACAGGUGCUGCCCGGCAGGCCAGUCGUACGAUGGUAUCAGAUGCGACUGGAUAUGCGGUAACGGAAAGGUUAUGGUGGACGGCACAUGUGUGUGCCCGCAGGGAACCACGCCGACUGCGGACGGUGGCUGCAGGGGGCCGAUAGGUUGCGAUUCUGGCAUCACGACCGGAAAAUGCUACACUUUCAAGACGGAAAACGGCCAUACCUUCGGCUACGACAGCGGAAAGUUAUACUACAGCACAGCGGACCACUCGAACCAGCAUCGACCGGGGCGCUUCAAGAUCUGCGGCAACGAAGCUUGCACCAUAGGCCGCAGCGUCAACCCCAACGACCCGGUGCACAUCAAAGACGUGCAAGGGACCGCGGCCCAAAGCUCCGAGGUCCAAGGCAGCCAGUGGCUCAACGGAGCGCUUGACGGGAGCCACAUCGGCAGGACUUCGAUAUUCGGCGACUCGGGCGUGUUCACGCUGACGAAGUGGUCUUGCGGGAAGUACUGUCUCGGCGGCUUUGGGAAGGGAAUCAGCUACGCGUGUCCGAGCGAGACCCCCUCGAUAACGUUUACUCCGGACAGGCAGGCUUGCACGCCUGUUGAGAUUAUCGAAGUGCCCUGCGAUAUCCAUAGGGUCGAGAAUAACUGUAUGUGGGAGACGGUUCCUGGAAGCUGCGGUUCCGGGGAUAGCCACAGCUGUCAUUGUUCUAAGACUUAACCAUUCUACUCGUGAUUUAUGUAGAUAUAUUCAGUCAACUUCGGGCUGUGAUGCAUGGGCGGUUCAUAGUUGGGUAUGGGUUUUUUUUAUUUUUUAUUUUUUUUUAGUUACUUAGAAGGUAACCAUUAAUGUCGCAAGAGCUAAUAAGGUCUCUUUUAUCAGUAGCCUACUUGCCUACUCAUUUCAGCAUCUAUUGUAAUCAAAAGUUGAACAAUACUUAUACUCUUGUAUGGAAAAGGGGCUAGUUAAGCAAUUAAGAAUAUCAAAAAUAGUAACAUACCUUAUAGGAACAAAUAAUUAUGUUACAAUAUUAUUUCCAACGUGUAUACCUACCUCUGAGCAUCUACGAUGGAAUGUUUUUC